GACGACUUGUUGCGGUGCGGGAUAUGCUUCGAUUACUUCAGCAUUGCGAUGAUCAUUCCGCAGUGUUCGCAUAACUAUUGUUCCCUUUGUAUACGCAAGUUUUUGUCCUACAAAACUCAGUGUCCAGCAUGCUGUGUGGCUGUCUCAGAAUCUGACCUGAAAAAUAACCGGACAUUAGAUGAACUAGUGAAGAGCUUUAAUUCUGCAAGACAACAGCUGUUCCGGUUGGUCUUGGAUGCUCCAGUGAUUUCAUCGCCAUUGGCCUGUAGCAGGUAUUCAGCUGGCAAAAGCCACGUUACCAGUCCUGUUUCUUGGCCAGUUAUAAAAGAAGAGGUGCCGGUGAUUGACAGUUUCUUGAGAAAGGAAAAAGUUUGCACCUUGACAAAGGCAGACGGCCUGGCAGGAACAGAUCAGAAGAUUUUCAAAACUGAGGAAGACCAUAACUUUUACAGCAGUUCUGCAGAGGUUGAUGGUAAAGACAAUGAAGGGGGAUCACAAGAGACUCCUGACUGCACCGAAAGUCAUGAAAAGCCUUCUACAUCUGUGGUAAAAGUAGUCAAGAAAGUGGAAUGUCCUGUUUGUGAGGUUACUAUACCAGAGCAGUAUAUAAACAAACAUCUGGACAGCUGCUUGACACGAGAGGAGAAGAAGGACAGCCUCAGAAGUUCUACUCACAAAAGGAAGCCUAUGUCUAAAGUUGUUUACAACUUGCUCUCGGAACGUGAUUUGAAGAAGAAACUAAAGGAGCAUGGUCUGUCUACCCACGGGACCCGACAACAGCUCAUUAAGAGACACCAAGAAUUUGUGCACAUGUAUAAUGCUCAGUGUGAUUCUCUAAAUCCCAAAUCAGUUGCAGAGGUUGUUAAAGAGCUGGAAAAGAAUGAGAAGAUUCGGGUUCAGCUUGAAUUUAAUAAAUCCGGUGAAAAUAGCUUGACAUUCACAAAGAACCAGACAGAGGAAGAAAUAGAUGAGAUCCACACUGAUUAUA